AUGGAUGAAAACGAUCUUUGUACAUUGGCACCCAUCAGACCAUGGCCAUCUCCGGAGUCCGUGAUCCAAACCUGGCUUGAUAGAUCGCACAUCACGCCUAACAACUGCAUUGACGCAGGUAUUAUACAAGGAUCGGUCUUGACUCUAUUUGGCCCCGGUGAUCCUCCCCACAAGCUCCCUCUCAUCUUGACAGUUGCGGCAACUGGUCAGGUUACUCUGUCGGCCGUCGGUACCUUCGUUUCAUUCGGUCAGCACUUCAUAAUCGGAUUGAUGGUUGCCCCUGCCCCAAAGAGCAACUCUGCCGUAACUAUCAAGAGGGAGAGCACGGAGUCUUCUUUGUACUACUCCACAGACAGAAUUGCCCGGCCAAUGUUCCACAAGGCCGAAAACGAAUUGACCGAGUACUGGGCUCAGGCUCACUGCCCUCGGAUAGACCAGUCAGUAAAGCUGUCCAGUUGCAUGAUGUAA